UGCAGAUGCAGAUGCGAUUUGACGGACUACUGGGCUUUCCCGGGGGGUUCGUGGAUCGCCGUUACUGGUCCCUGGAGGACGGUCUGAAUCGGGUGCUGGGCUUGGGUUUGGGCUGUGUGCGCCUGACGGAAGCUGACUAUCUGUGCUCGCACCUGACAGAGGGGCCACAUCGCGUGGUGGCACACUUCUACGCCAGGCAGCUGACCCUGGAAGAGCUGCACACCAUCGAGAUCAGCGCGGUGCAUUCCCGAGACCACGGGCUGGAGGUGGGCUAUCCAGGGAGGGGGCGUCUAGAGCUCUGAGCGUUAGCGCCGGGGAAGACGAAGCUUCCCCGACGAGGUCUGCUGGGCUGCUCUCCUUUGCAGCUGAGCGGGGGAAUGCACCGCAUUUAGAGCUACUGGCGGCGAGUGCUGCGCACCGCCGCGUAGCGCCCGCGCUAGGAGGCUUGGCCGUUCGCUAGGGCAGUGUCGAGGGCUCUGUAGCCUAGAGGGCUCUUGCCUUUCCCCAGCACCUGCCCUCGUAAGGAAGAGCCCUGUUUACUUGCUCAGCGUAAGGACCUGCGUGAGGUCACUCUUGGAGCUGGUGGGCAUCUCCCCCAGGCUGAGUAACCUUGGCUGGAAUCGUGACCCUCGCUGUGGUGACGUGUUGCUUUCACCCGAGUUCCCCCCGGAUUGCGAGAAGGAGGCGGGAAGGAGGCAGGCUCCCUUCCGAGUAGCUUGGUCCGGCUGACGCCCCGGGGUAGAGCGGGAGAGCGAGGGUCUCCUUGUUGGCCUGGGUAGCCCACAACAGGUUUCAGCAGCAUCCCGCAUGGAGGCGCUUGGCCCUGGGUUGUGGCACUGGUGAGGGGGACGUGUAGGUAAGCUGCAGUGUCCCGAGGCAGGGCAUGGCCUGGGAGAGUAGGGCCCCCCCCGGGUAGCAGUGUGGGGUAGGGGCUGGGGCUGAGCAGUGGGAUUCGCCCCCCGAAGGG